AUGGAACCAGGAAAACCGGGACGAAGCUCGCCCCGCUUGCCGAGGGGUCUUGGGGGUCUUCCCCAGCCGCUUGGUGGGGGCUGGCGGGGAGGGGUCCAUGCUGCCCUCAACGCUGCGCUCCUUUCUGCAGGUGUCCCGGAGCCCCUCACUCACCUGGGCCGGUUGGAAGGCGCGGAGGGGCAGCUACGGAGCCAGGAGGCAGGUGGGCAGGCGGCUGCCCCGUCGUGCUGGUUCAGAUCCAAUCCAGAGCAAGUAGACCCUCUCCGAGAUGGAGUGUGCAGAUACCUUCAACUUCCAUGUGAAUGGACUGUGUUGAUGCUCCAUGCAAAAGUUGCUCAGAAAUCAUACGGCAAUGAAAAAAGGUUUUUCUGCCCACCACCUUGUGUUUAUCUCAUUGGACCAGGCUGGAAACUAAAGCAGGAAGAACUGAAAGCUAAAGAUCUGGCAGCAUCCAGUUCCAGAGUAUGUGGGUACAUGGGACUGGACAGUAUGGCCAACAGCCACGCGGAAAUGCAGAAAUUAAACUUUGAGAAACAGCCAGAUUCCAAGGAAUUCGGCUGUGCCAAAACUCUGUACAUUUCAGACUCUGAUAAGAGGAAACACUUCCGGCUGGUCUUAAAGUUGUUCUUCAGCAAUGGCCAGGAGAUUGGAACUUUCCACAGCAAGCUGAUCAAAGUGAUCUCCAAGCCGUCACAGAAGAAACAGUCCUUAAAAAACACCGAGCUAUGCAUUUCAUCUGGAUCCAAAGUCUCCCUCUUCAACCGCUUGCGCUCCCAAACAGUCAGCACCCGCUAUCUUUCGGUGGAGGGCGGGGCCUUCACUGCAAGUGCCAGGCAGUGGGCCGCAUUUACGCUUCGUUUGGCAGACGAAUAUUGUUCCCAGUCCCGGAGUGAGUUCCCCCUCCGAGAAGGCUACAUUCGUUAUGGAUCCAUCGUCCGUCUCAUUUGCACAGCCACGGGUGUUGCGCUGCCCCUUUUGAUCAUUCGCAAAGUUGCUAAGCAAUCUGUGCUGAUGGAUGUGGAUGAGCCCAUUUCCCAGCUGCACAAAUGUGCUUUCCAGCUCUAUGGCAGUGAUGGAAAGUACCUAUGCCUCUCUACAGAGAAAGUGAUCCAGUUCCAGGCCUCCCCGUGUCCCAGAGAAGCCAACCGGGAGUUGCUGAACGACAGCUCCUGCUGGACCAUCAUUGGGACAGAGACCGUGGAAUACACAUUCAGUGAUGGUCUGAGAUCCAUUCGGGAUCCUGUGAGCCCAGCCCCUCUCAUAACUGCCCUGGAGCUGACAGGUGGAGGAGAUGUGGCGAUACUAGAAGUACAGGGUGAAUAUUUCCAUGAAAACCUGAAAGUUUGGUUUGGAGAUGUGGAAGCUGAAACUAUGUACAGGAGUCCCAAGUCCUUGGAAUGUGUUGUGCCUGAUGUUUCUGCAUUUAGCCGUGACUGGAGGUGGUUGAGAUACCCCAUCACCGUGCCUCUCUUACUCCUAAGGAAUGACGGUCUGAUCUAUUCCAGUACUUUCAGCUUCACAUAUACGCCAGAGCAGAAUUUCUUCCCUGGGCAGCCCGUUUUGCAGGAGAUGACGCAGGAUUCUGGCAGCUUGCUCGACACCAUCCAUCAAGAGUUCACCAGGACCAACUUUCAUCUCUUCAUGCAAAGUUAGAGCCAGAACUGCAUGUGACUCUGCGAGUACAUGAUUCUGUGAGUGGGGAAAAAAUGCAGAAAAAAAGUGGUAAUGGGCACAGGAUUCAGUUUCCUGAAAUCAUUCAUUUUCUAAAACAAAUACAAAAAACACAUCUUUCUGUGAUUGUGAAGAUUUGCUUAUAAGGUUGUGGCCAGGCUAGCUGAAAUCCCAAAGGUGCUCUGUACAUUGUCAGGGGGGGAAUGCCUCCACAGCUUAUUGCCAAGAUGUCCUUAGGACACCUUAUUUCAGCUCAAAGCUGCUGCUGCUGCUUCGUUCUUCUACCUAAAAUGUGGACUUUUUUUCCAGGAGUCAUAUUUAAUACAUCUCCUGCGUGGCCGUGCGAACGCAACCAGGCAGGGAGUGUUUCAGUAUUCCCACCUUCCACCCCCUCCCCCCAUUAGAACACUUACUUUUAUUUUCAGAGCAACUUGUGCCCACCAUUUCCUGCAGCUUGAGAAUCCCCAUGGGAGGCAAGGUCUACCCAAUGCUUCUUAGUGCGGGGUAGACCAGUCCUCCAAGCAACUGCAAUUCUCUUAUCCAUGUCAUCAUAGUAGUGGUGUAGCGCCAAUGGGCCGGGGAGGUAACACCCUGGGCAGAGCCGCAGCAGAAGUGUGGCCAGGCAGUGGCAGGGCGGGGGCAGGCAGCACCGCGGUGGGGGCGUGCCCCAGGUGCAGUUUCCCCUUGCUCCGCCCCUGCAUCAUAGCUAUGGAUACAGCUCCCUCAAAA